GCACGCACGCGUUUAAAGGAGCAGUCCCGGCACGUGCCUGAGAGAUUGGAAUUUGGUAAAAUCAAUCUUCAUAUGUGCACGUGUCAUUCGCAGAGGGCAUGGUUGGGAUACACAUGUAAAAAUGUUAUCCCACUCGCACUGCCCAUUCAUAAAUCUUCGCUUUUCGCAACUCCCUCACCAGCCUCCUUUCUCUCCUUCACAUUAAUCUUGCUCCGAACCUCACAUCCAAACCCCAAAACGAACCUCCGCUUCGGACCCUAAUCCCUAUCAUGGGAACCGAGAGUUACACUUACCUAGGACGCAAUUUCAGCCAACUCAGCAUCAACGACGCUUCCUCUUCCUCCGCCUUCAGCGACUGCAACAGUGACAGAUCUGGCGAAUUCGCCACCGCUUCUUCGCAAACGCGCCGCUUCCUCAUCACCUGCGCCACCGAAAACUCCGACGAUUUGAUCCGUCAACUCGUCGCCGAUCUCCACUCCGCCUCACUCGACGAUCAGAAACAAGCCGCCAUGGAAAUCAGAUUGCUAGCCAAAAACAAGCCGGAGAAUCGACUCAAAAUCGCCAAAGCAGGCGCAAUCAAACCGCUGAUUUCACUCAUUUCUUCAACGGACCUCCAGCUCCAGGAAUACGGCGUCACCGCGAUUUUGAAUCUCUCGCUCUGCGACGAGAACAAGGAGGCCAUCGCCUCCGCAGGCGCGAUUAAGCCGCUGGUUCGCGCGCUGAGCACGGGAACCGCGACGGCAAAGGAGAACGCAGCGUGCGCGCUGCUGCGGCUGUCGCAGGUGGAGGAGAACAAGGCGGCGAUUGGGCGGUCCGGCGCGAUUCCGCCGCUGGUGAGCCUUCUGGCGAGCGGCGGGUUCCGCGCGAAGAAGGACGCGUCGACGGCGCUGUACUCGCUGUGCACGGUGAAGGAGAACAAGCUCAGGGCGGUGAAGGCGGGGAUCAUGAAGGUGCUGGUGGAGCUGAUGGCGGACUUCGAGUCGAACAUGGUGGACAAGUCGGCGUACGUGGUGAGCGUGCUGGUGUCAGUGCCGGAGGCGAGGGCGGCGCUGGUGGAGGAAGGCGGCGUGCCGGUGCUGGUUGAGAUCGUUGAGGUGGGAACGCAGCGGCAGAAGGAAAUCGCGGUUGUUAUUCUGUUGCAGGUGUGUGAAGAUAGCGUGGCGUAUCGCUCUAGGGUGGCUCGCGAAGGUGCGAUUCCUCCUUUGGUGGCUUUGUCUCAGUCCGGCACCAAUCGCGCCAGGCAAAAGUCGGAGAAAUUAAUUGAGCUUCUGCGGCAACCAAGAUCCAGCAACGGCGGCGGUCUUGCGUCAGAAGUGGCGGUGUAAACAAACACCACAAGUAAAAUUGUGAAUUGGUUAAAACACAAGGUGCGUCCUUCCAGGAGAGACGGAGAGUUAAUUAAACUCUGUAAAUAUCUUCGAGAAGCUUUGUAAAGUUUGUGGCACAAAUGAUACGAGUUUGAGGUUGGUUUGGUUUUCGGGCCAUUGGUUCUUUUUCUUUUUCUUUUUUUCUUCUCGUCAUUAUUUAUAUUUUGUUGCUGUGAAGGUGAGGGCUGAUGCCAUAGCUUUUGAGCCCGUCAACUAUUUAUGUAAUUAUUGGCGUUAUAAGUGUGGUACUAGUUUAUUUGGCCUUAAAAUUAGAAGGAUUUAGUGAGAUAAGAAAAGGAACAUAGUUCUGAAAAGAACAGAGUUCUUCAGCGAAAAGUAACCAAUGGUAUUUUGUUGUUGUACUGGGAUUAGGUAGGAUGAGAGAUAAAGCAUAGAAAAAAGAGAAUAAAUAAAAUGAAAAAAUGUGUUAAAAAAAGUGAAUGGAUGUAAUUAAAAUAUUGGAAAAAAUCAAAAUAAGUUCUUUCAAGUGCGUGUACAUCUGGAAUAGGGAUGAAUUGGUGGAGAUUUUUUCGGUGGAUUUUUAUUUUUAUUAUUUUUAUUAAAAAUUGGAAUAAUGGAAAGAUGUUUGAAGUAG